UCGUCUGACAGACCACACCCUCGGGGAGGCCAGUGGUUAUGGAUCAGAGUAUAAUAUUGAAAAUAAUUUACCUGUGUGUUGUUUGAUUUUUGCAUAAUAGUCAUUAGUGUGUAACAUAAGCACCCUGGUGUUGGUAAUACAUAUAGACUACAUCUGGAGAGAGAGAGAGAGAGAGAGAGAGAGAGAAACCAGCCCUGCCAGCUGACUGGUACACGGGACCUUUAAUGCAGCUGCAGCCCUUCAUUCAGAUGCUGAGUGGAGCGGCGGAGGACCGGAGGAGGAGGAGAGGCAGGACGCAGCUCUGCUCUCAUCGCAUUUUUCAAAAACCCCCCUUUGAUGCAUACUGGGGGAUUUUCCUUUCCCGCGCCAGGCUACUUAUAGAAUUGAUCAGGGGAAGGUGCUGUCCUGUGUGUAGGCUGAGCGGAUUGCGACAGUAAAGGCGUCCUGGGUGACCGGAGCUCAGCAGCAGCAGCAGCAUCAUCAGCAUCACCACCUUGUAUGAAAUAACGUCACCGCGAUCCAGAUUUCCCCAUUUACACAAAUCGGCUCUCCGCUCACGGACUGUUCCCCGCACUAUUUCACCAGGCAGUCUGCUCUGGAGCUGGAUGGAGGAGCCGGUCUCAUGUGAGUGAGUGUGUGUGUGUGUGUGUGUGUGUCUUCUUUUCGGUGCAGGAAACCACAUGCGCGGGCCGGUGUCACCGCGCUGAGCCCGGAGAGCACGAAGGCUAGACUUGGGUCAGAGAGACAAGAGUGGCCGGGGAAGAUGGACCGCAUGACAGACAGAACCUCCGAGGCCUCGCGACUGCCGGUGCCGCUGCACCGCUGCCACGGGGUCUUCCAGGCCAUCAACGGCACCUGCGCGGAGCAGCUCGGCCUCUUUCCGCCGUUCUCCUCCGCCCUCGCGCUCCUCGUGCUGGUGGCCGUGCUGGUGGGGAUCAUCUUUGUUUCCCUGGCAACGUUCCACUUCCACAAGAGGAAGCUUCGGAACAGGAAGAUCCGGCGCGCGCAGGAGGAAUACGAGCGCGACAGUCGCAGCCCCGCGCGCGCCGGGCCGAGCGGGGAGCCCGCCAGGCCGUGCGUCAUAGUCCGGCCGGUGAGAUGCGAGGGGAAGCUCCCGUGCCAGGGCCCGGGGCGCGACGGGGGCGUCGCCGGGGCGGCGGUGGACGAACAGGCGCUGCACGAGGCGGUUCCUCUUGACUGUUAACUUAGCGCAACUUCAGGGAACGAGACUGUGGAAUUAACAGGAAAAGCAAUAAGGCACAAAAGACUCCCACACCCACCUCGGCUGCUUGUAGAUGACUUAGGAACAGCAGGAAGAAAAAAAUACAUAUACAUGCAGAAUACUGAGCAGAAUAGUAGACCUAGAGGUAACACUAGUAGUACUACAGUGGCAAAUACAGAUGGGUGACAAAUUAAAGGAAAAACCUGACUAAAUGAGAGGAGACACAACGAAUCUUGAACUGCAUGGUACACUUGAGCAAAUAACAUCCAGUCAUGCUGUGUGAAAAUGUAAAACUACUGAGCAGUCCCAGUUGAUUAUGAUUUUUUAUCACGAUGACCAGAGGAAACGAUCUGAGUGACUGAAAAAUAGGGUUUAUUGUUGGGGCACUGAUGGCAGGAGCUUCAGUCACAAAGACUGGCUCGUGUUUCGUGUCUAUGUGGAAGACAUCAGUAUGCAUGGUUGGAAAAUUGUAAUUGACAGUGCACAUUUGAUGGCACUCUGCUCGUGCAUUCGAAAAACAGAGGAGCGACUCUUCUCCAGGUGACUGGGAAUGUCAGAGCAGGACGUGAUCAGACUGUGUCUUGUUAACAAUUAUACAAAGAGGGUUAUUGUAAGGUUGCAGUGCAUAAAGAUGAAUGCGCAUUUUAGAGGUCAGUGGUAAGGCCCUCCUGAUUUUUCCAAAUGGCUGCGGUCCUGAGACCAACAUUUUGUAUCAGGUUAGGGGGCUAGGUUUGGGUUUAAACGCCAGGGUUAGGGUUGUUCUCCAUGAUGACAUCACAAAUGUCGAUUGGCUGAGGCAGUUGUUGUCCCAGGAACCUCAUACAAAUCUCAUAGAAAUUGUUGGUCGCAGGACAACAGCCACUUGGCAAAACCAGGACUUGGCAGUGGUUCAAAAACCCAACGACACUGGUCUACAGAGAUGUGGAAAAACUGACAUGGUCAAGUAAAUCAAUCCUUUACCAUGUUCCCCACAAGUGGGCGAGUGGCGUACACCAAGAGAAUGGUACAGGCCUGAAUGCUUGACCCCCACAGUGAGUGGAUCAAGUGGCUCUGUUAUGCUGGGGUGUGUGUGUGUGUGUUGGGGGGGGGGGGGGGGGGGGGUCCACUUGUCCUCUUUGAGGGGAGAGGUCACCACAAAUCAAUAUAAAGUGUUUCUGAGUGAUCACCUUUAUCUCAUGGUCAAACAUUUCUAUCUCGAUGAGAGUGGUCUCUGUCAAGAUGACAACAUCCACAGGGCACGAAGGGUCACACAGUCUGAAGGGCCGGAUUAGUUUGAGAAUGAUGUGAAUCAAAUGCCACGGCCUUAGCAGUCACCAGAUUUCGACUCAGCCGAACACCUAUUUGAGAUGGCUGAGUUAAACGGACCAUUCUCAAAUACAAGAGAUGAGGGAAUAUCUUAUGGAAGAAUGGUGUUUAUCCCUCCAAUAGAGAUUCAAUGCCAGUGUACACUGUUCUGGUGACACACGGUGGCCCCAACACCUUACUAAGCCACUUGAUGUUGGUUUUUCCUUUGAUUUGUCACCCGUCUGUCGGUUAGGUAUGUGGCCACACUUCUUCCUCUUAUACUAGUAUUUAGCCAACCGAUAACUCCUUAUGGGACUGUAUAAAGUAUUUGCCUGCUUUGACUUUUGGACCUCCUCCUCCUUCCAAGUAUUGUUUGAACCUCAAAGAUGUUUAAACUUCAAAUCCACCCUGAUGUGUGUGAGACACUGAUGUGUUAAAUUAUUAAGAGUUGAUGACACAACGCGGAGCAUAAUGGCUCGCUGAGCUGCCUUGGCAUGUCGUCUGACACACUACCAGUAUGUAGUUAGACUAUAGUGGAUGUUGUGGUGCUGUUAGGCAGUGAAAUACUGCACAUAGGCUAUAGAGAUAGCUUAUUUGUUUGCGUAGUAUUUUUUCCUUCAAUUAAGUGACUUAGCAUAUUUGCAUAAAGUACUGUCCUCCAAUGUCUGUUAGACAUCUGUAGGUAGCUCUAGUUAGCCUGACAGGAUGCAAGACUUAUUUGCUGUAGUUAUGCACACAAGAUAUUUUUUCUUUGAUGUGUCAGAUAGUACGUUUUUUGCGCUAUAAAGUAUUUUCCUUUUUGAGUAUUUUUAAUGUAUUCUCUGACAUGUAAUACGUUUAGAAUCCUUCCAAUAGAGGGCUUCAGUCGAAGCCAAUCCUUCCUUUCUUCUACGAGCCUUCAUAUUGCGUCAUAGUGGGCCUAAUAGAAAUUCAGUGUCAUAAAUUAUAUGGAUUCACUGUAAAUGUAUGCCAUUAUGAGAGCUGGAAUGUUUUACAGUAACAUCAUAUUUCUGGAGUUCAUAUAAUCUGCCUUAUCAAAGGAAACUAUGUACUAUUCAAAGUUUAUAAAUAAAUACUUAUGUUAACUCUUUGAA